CUGGCAAGAGGCGGAAGUGCUUUACGGCUCUGCGCUGUGCGGGAAGUCGCUGGGGCGGACGGGUGAGAGCGCGACAGUCCUGGCGGAGACCGGAAGUGAUUGCUGUACGGCUCCAGGUUCCCACGUGUAGAGGAGGUGACAUUUUCAUACGAAGCGCCAUGGAGGACGAGGAAGAUCUCUUUGCGAACGAAUGUGACGUGAGCGCCAGCGAGGAUGAGCAGGAGGAAAUCGACGCGGAGCGCAAACACCGGAAGCUGCUGGAAGCGAUCUCCUCCCUGGAUGGAAAGAAAAGGCGGAAGUUGGCGGAGCGCACAGAGGCCAGCGUGCAUGUCUCCGAAUUCGGCAUCACCGCGGAAGGAGUCGGGGAGAAGAUCACUCUGUCCGAUCUCAUCGAACCGAUCAAGAAGGCCUCCAACCUCACCAAGGUGAAGAAGCAACUCAAUAAGCUGAAGGACAAGAAGAGUGUGGAGCUUCCCCUGAGCAACGAGGAGACCCAGAAGAUACAGAGGGUGAUUUCAUAUCAAAGCACAUCGGUGGAAGUGGCCAAAUGGGAUCCCGUUGUGAGGCAGAACCGUAAGGCCGAGCAACUGAUCUUCCCGCUCGCCGAUGAGACGUUAAAGCCGACGCCCAUCGAGGACAAGCUCUCCGGGUGGAAGGCGCGCACACCUCUGGAGAUGGAGAUAUUCAACAUCCUUCACAGCAACAAGCAGCCAAUCACUGACCCCCUGCUGACCCCGCUGGAAGAGGCCUCAUUGAAGGCGAUGAGUCUGGAAGAGGCCAAGCUUCGGCGAGCUGAGCUCCAGAAAGCCCGCGCCCUGCAGUCCUUCUACGAGGCAAAAGCUCGAAGGGAGAGGAAAAUUAAAAGCAAAAAGUAUCACAAGCUGCUGAAGAAGGGAAGGCAAAAGCAGGAAUUAAAAGAGUUUGAGGAACUCCGAAAGACCAAUCCAGAGGCAGCUUUGGAGGAACUGGAGAAACUCCAGAGAGCCAGGAUAGAGGAGCGAAUGUCACUGAAGCAUCAAAACAGCGGAAAAUGGGCAAAAUCUAAACUCUUUAUGGCAAAAUAUGAUGAGGAGGCCCGGAAGGCCAUGCAGGAGCAGCUCCAGAAGAAUAAAGAAUUAACCCAGAAAGUCAAAGCUGGGUCUGAGAGCGAAGAGAGCGAGGAAGAGGAGGAGGAGGAGAUCGUCCCGGACUUUGUCAAUGACGCUCAGAUGACCCCUGAGGGCCCCAACCCCUGGAUGACGGGAAAACUGCGCAGAGAUGCGAAGGAUUCUGGGAGUCAGGAGGAGGAGGAGGGAACGAUGCAGGUAGAAGCAGAAUUGAACACGAAGGGUGAGGAUCGAGAUGACGAGGAGGAGGAAGAUCGGGACUCUGAAGAAGAGGUUCUACUUAAAGAAUUUGAGGAAAGGCGGCUCUUGAGGAAGCAGCAAGGAGAGGAGGAGUCUUCUGGCGGAGAACCUGGUAAAGCACAGGAGCCGCCAACCGACGCGAUGAACGAAGCCGAGGAGAAGCAAGUGUCCCAAUUCAACACGCUCUUCCAGAAGUUGAUAGAACAGAACCGCGGAGAAGAACGACGGCGGCAAAAGCGCCAUCCAGUGGCUGAACCCGAGGAGCCAUUGGAAGAGGACGGCGAGGAGGUGCUGGAGAAGGCAGCGGAGGAGGGCCCACUACUGAUGGAGAGCACCGAGAGGAAGCAGAGUCUGGAGUCUGUAGAGGCUCUGGCGCAGGAGGAGGAGGUCGAUGAGCCGACGAUCCAGCUGAAGGCUCCUCGAAAGAACGAAUCGGGAGAGCAGACGGUCCAUCGAACUGGCGACAAACGGGCGAAAAAAUCGAAGCUGAUCGACCGCAAUGACAUCCUUCCUGUGAAGGCGCCGAAGGUCCAGACCCCUCUGCUGCCCACCACCGUGGAGGACGAGGAGGAGGAGGAGGAAGACGUGGAGACCGCACAGAAAAUGAUCAUUCAAGAGGCGUUCGCGGGUGAUGAUGUCAUCAAGGACUUCCUCAAUGAGAAGAAGAAGGCUGAGCAGGCCGGGAAACCCAAAGACAUCAACUUGGUGUUGCCCGGAUGGGGGGAAUGGGGUGGCACCAACCUCAAAGUCAGCCAUAAAAAACGCAGACGAUUCAUUAUUAAAGCUCCCCCCGCUCCUCCAAGGAAGGACCAACGUCUGCCCAACGUCAUUCUUAACGAGAAGAGGAACAUUAUGGCCGCCGCACAUCAGAUAAACGAACUUCCUUAUCCGUUCAACAACCGGAAACAUUUCGAGAGCAGCAUUCGCACUCCGGUGGGGAAAACGUGGAACACGGAGCAGGCCGUUCAUAAAAUGACCAGCCCGAAGGUGAUCACCAAGAAGGGGCACAUCAUCGAGCCGAUCACAGAAGACGUCUUCCAGAAGCACGCCCAGACCAAAAAGACGGACCUGGAACUCAACAAACCCAACCAGAGACCGGAACCGAAAGGUUCCAGGAAGAGGAAGUCCCGGCCCCCCGUGAAACUGAGGAAGGUCUGAGGUCCCAAAGCCGUGCUCCUCCUCCUCGUAAAGCGAAGGCCAAGGAUGGUGCCGCGCCAGAACUGAAUGCAAAGUCAGGGAGCGCCGGCAUCUCUGCAGACUGAGGAAUAUCUCCCAGACUGUCUAUGGUGGCCAACGGGGGUUUUCUUGAACUUGGACUGGCAGUCCUGUUGUCCUAAACAGUCCAUCGGGAUCCCGCCUGGUGUUAAUCCUUCAAGUCGGACAGUCAAUACAGAUUUAGAACUUGGGAUGAUCUCGAGUAUUUACAGCCCAACCCCAGAAUGAUAUAAAAUACAUAAAAUUGCUGAACCUUU